GGUCGUGAUGAUUAUUUGCUUGGAUUACAAUGAGUAUAAUGCAGUUGUUGCUGUUGAGGAAUAUCUUCGAUACUGAUCGUUAUUUCAAGUCUCAUCUCCCACUCCCAUCGAUUUUGAUAGAUAAGCAAGCAUCUGAAUCUUCUCUUAAAUUUACUAACUAGGUUGUCGGAUCAUCUAUUUUGGGGUCUACGCUAAGCACUUCGACUGCAGCAGCAAUGUUAGUUUGUUUUACGAGGAAGAACACUUAGAUUUACGCGCUAUGCCUACGAUCCCAUUUCGUGCCUGAGUAUUUGAGUUUGCCCUACCUUGAGCUACAAAUGUUUAUGUUUUUUUCUCAGUCUACUUAUACUAAUACUUAUUGUUAUUUCUUGUAUGAAAGAUUAUUCUUCUGCGAUGGAAUACAUGGGACGUAAAUUUUGAGGAGAAUGAAAGCUCUAGCUCAUGAAAAUGAGGAGUCGUUGCGUCCGACAUUCUGACAAUGAGGUUAAUAAGGAGCUUUCCUGGAGUUCUUUUUCGCCCCGAACCCGAGAGGACGAGGUCGUGCGUCGACAUUUUCCAGAUGGUGCCGAUGUCGACGCUCCGCAUCAUGGUGGAGGUGCCGCUGACUGCCCUUCCGGAGUUUUCUUAUUCUUAUGGCUACUAUAAGUGUUUUUGAUAGAUUAUUUUGUGGAUGAAGGAGAUCAAGAUCAUUUCGAUGUUUUCUGUUCGUUUUUCACGCUGCACUGAUGCCCUGCGGCUUCAAAGCCUAUUCCUAAUGCUUCAAGUACAUCGUCUAUCUGUAGCUUGAUAAGUAUCUAUUUAAGGUUCUUGUACUUAAGUUUUUGCGCGGUACUUCUUACUUUCAUCAUCCCUUAUCUCUAACGUUCGUUAAAGAUGCACUCUCUCCACGCUCGGAGUCGGAGAAAUCUGACAGUGCAAGCAGAACAAUUAUGGAAUUUUGCUUUUGAUGAUGAUGUUCACCAACAUCCAGCCUGGAGUAAGUAUUCUGAGCGGAUGAAGAAAGCCGGAUCUUGUAAGUGUAACACACGCUUUCCUCCAUCUUGACUAGAAGAAACUGAGUAGUAGAAUAAUGGAAGAGGAAAACGACUGUAGCGAAUGAAUACUUCUCGAAGUAGCAGUCUGAACUUCAGAAAGAUUUCAGCCUCUGCUGAUCAUUUCGCAGAAGGCAUAAAUCACUCAGGUCUUGUUCAGGCCGAUGUAAAACUAAGUAGCGCUAAGCAACCGCAGAAUGCUUCGACAGGUCUCCAGAAGAAAAAGAAACAACAAACGGCAGUGCAGGAGUGGACGCAGGGUGGGCAAAUUACUGCAGCUGCGGCAGACGAAUCACGUUCAGGAGCGUUUGUUUUUGCGUCGCUUCUGCGGCAGGACUCGGAAACGGAAUUAAGAUAACGGCACCUGCACUUCUACAAUUCGUUAGGGAGAAGUUGAAGAUCUUCUGCCUUGUUUUGCGAAGCAUCCUCUCCUCUCUGUCUUACAUUUUGCAUUUGUGCGUGCGUGGUUGUUUUAGUUGUAGUAGAUUUGUUAAAAAACCCAAUUCUUACUAAUGAAGACAUGGACAACGUUUGGCUUAUUUUGUUAACAAACAGAAGGUACUGCAAUUUACAUACUAAUAUUAUACGCCAAUAGCCAGUUGAGAUGUGAUUUCAUUUUAUGACUGCAAGAAGAUCCCACGCUUGCCUUAGCAACUGUGGCGUGCGCCAGUUUCGACUGCUGCACAAAUUCCAUC